GACAAACAACUGUUACUUUUAUAUUGCCUUUGUUCACCAAAGCCUAGAAUGUAAUUGUCAUUAACUUAAUAUCUUAAGUUUUGAUUUAUUUAUUUUUCAAAAGAAACCCCCGUCCGCGCCGAUAACAAAAGCAAGAUAGAUCUCCGGAGAGCCAAGGGUCGUAAGCAAGUCAUGUGAUGUUUAUGUUAUUGAACUAUAAACAAGGAUAAAGAUUUGGUGUCAUUCACGUAAAUCUCGUGGAAGGCGCAGAACUUUUUUGAAAACUGUUAGCAGGUAUGUUCAUUACCUUACUUAUAUCAGGUUGAUAUGAUGGAUUUUUGUCAAAUGUUGGCCAUUUUUCUCUUUUGCCUGAUGAGCAUAUGUUCUGCAAAGGACUGGAACUAUUUCACAUUUGCCCAGCAGUGGCCAAUAGCUGUAUGCGCAGAGCACAAAUCAUGCUUCAUACCAGAUUCUGUAGUGGGAUGGGGGAUACAUGGUUUAUGGCCAUCAUCAGACACUGAAUCUAAAGGACCCGAGAAUUGCAAUGGAUCAUGGCCUUUUGACAUCAAUAAUGUGAUGCCACUGGUACCAGAGUUGAAGAAGUAUUGGCCAAAUCUAUAUCCAGAUACCAAAGCAAACAGUUUCUGGGAACAUGAAUGGAGUAAACAUGGCACUUGUGCUACCUCCCUCCCUGCUACCUCCAACGAACUGAAAUACUUUGGCAUGGGACUCAAGCUGCAUGCAAAGUACAACAUUUCAAGGAUUCUUGUGAAUCAAGGGAUUUUACCCAGUAAAACAGCAGGAUAUAUGAUCAACGAAACAGAGGCAGCAGUGAAGAGGGAACUGGGAGUGGAUGCAGUGAUUGAGUGUGUCUAUGACAAGGAAAAAACAAAGAAGCAGCUACUGUAUGAAAUAUCCAUCUGUCUCACCAAGGAAUUUGAGUUGAUUUCCUGUAACAAAAAGGAAGUCUCCGAGACCACUUGCCCGAGGAAGGAACCGUUCUUCUACCCCCCUGUCCAUGAUGACUUCCCCCAGAUUGACAUCUCCGUAAUUUGAUUGGCGUAUCUACCCUUUUGUGUUCAUUGCAACUCAAAGAUCUGAUCAUUUCUUACCCGUGAUAGCAGCCAGCACCUGAUGCAUGCACUCUG